UCACUGCUGUCUGAAACCACCGCUGCCUCCAGUUCACCAGGCUCAGCCCAAGGACCGGAGAAAGGCCGAGGCCUCACACCAUGGCGCGCACCAAGCAGACGGCCCGCAAAGCCACCUCUGUGCAGGCCCCCAGGAAGCCCGUAGCCAUCAAAGCCCCAGGAAAGAGGUUGCCGCCUACAGGAGGGAUCAGGAAGCCUCACCGCUACAGGCCUGGCACCCUGGCGCUGCGCGAAAUCAGAAAGUACCAGAAGUCCACGGAGCUGCUCCUGCGCAAGCUGCCCUUCCAGCGCCUGGUGCGCGAGGUCGCCCAGGCCCUCAGCCUGGACCUGCGCUUCCAGAGCGCAGCCAUUGGCGCCCUGCAGGAGGCCAGCGAGGCCUACCUGGUCUGCCUCUUUGAAGACACCAACCUGUGUGCCAUCCAUGCCAGGCGCGUCACAGUUAUGCCCAGAGACAUGCAGCUGGCCCUCCGCCUCCGCGGAGAAGGUCGUUAGGGGCCCAAAUGUAGUUAAGCAUAGGACUGGGGGUGGAAACCGGAAGAAAUCAGGUCCUGGGUGCUUUUGUUUGUAAAUGUCUAAUCUACCCUGAGGUCAUAAGCCAGCAGGGUCAAGUGAAAUUGUUUCGGUGAGCGCGUUUCAGCACUUCCACUCUACAUCAGUGUUAAUAAAUCUGUUCAUUUUCACUGGACUAUGCCUGUGUGUAGAAUACUUCAAACCAA